AUGUACAGUGAUAACGGUACCAAUUUCCACGGCGCCGACCGCGAACUGCAACGGCAGUUUCACUCGUUGAGGGAUCACCCCGAAAUGCGAGAUGUUCUCGCCGCCGACGGCGUGGAGUUUGUCCCGUCGGCCACUCCGCAUUUUGGCGGUCUGUGGGAAGCCGGAGUGAAGAGCUUCAAAGCUCACUUAAAGCGAGUCGUCGGAGCUCGCACGCUUUCUCGGGCGGAAUUUGCGACGCUUCUGUGUCAAAUAGAAGCCUGCUUAAACUCGCGCCCGAUUGCUGCUCUCAGCGAUGACCCCAGCGACAUGUCCGCGCUCACGCCCGGACACUUCCUGAUAGGGCGUCCGAUAAUCGCGGUUCCGGAGGAGUCCGUGCUCGAGAUGAACCCAGACCACCUUUCCCGCUGGCAGCUAGUGAGCUCCAUGCGGGAGCAAUUCUGGCGUGCCUGGUCGCAUGAUUAUUUGUUGUCGCUUCAGACGAGAACCAAGUGGCGAGACGCCGCGCCUAAUUUAGAAGUCGGUGAUCUCGUCAUUGUAAAGAACCCUUUGCUCCCUCCGAGCAAAUGGGAACUCGCGAGAAUCCAGCAGGUUCAUCCCGGGUCCGACGGACUCGUCCGGGUGGUUACGAUACGCACUGCGCGUUCUCUACUGAAGCGACCUAUAACGCAACUGUACAAGUUGCCUGUAAAUUGUAAAGCGUCGGCGUCAGAAAGCGACUGA